AUGGAUACCUAUUUGACUCAGUUUCAAAAUGCCCAGAUGAAGGCGAUUCUGAGGCCUGGUUCUAGGGUUCCGUUUGAAACCUUCAUUUCCGAUCAAUGUUCGGAGGCUGAGUCAAUGUUCUACUUGAUGAAACACAAGGAUCCAGAGUCCCUUGCUCUUAAAACGGAGGGAGUACUAGAUAUUGAGGAUGACCCCGCUUGGCAUAGUGCCGAGACCGGCUCUGAUAAUACAGGGGCAACAAGUAAUUUCAAAGUUGGUGUGGACUGUUUAGGCAGGUUUUCUGUUGCAUUAGGAGGUAAGUGUAUUGCGCAUACUGCUAAAGAGCAGCUGUCUGCUUACUUGGUUGCCCCACAGUGGGAGAAGCACCAUGCAGCUCUCAAUGCACUUGCUUGCAUUGCUAAAGGUUGCUCAAAGCUGGUGAUGUUUAAGAAUCUGAAGCAACCAGUGAAUAUGGCUCUAAGUUGUUUCCAAGAUCCUCAUCCUCGAGUCAGACUGGCUGCUUGCGAGGCAAUUCAGAACUUGUCGACUGUCUACUGUCCAGAUUAUCGAGAACAAUACCAUAACCAAGCAGUUCCUGCAUUAGCUGCAACUUUGGAUUAUUCUCACCCAAGAGUGCAGGCAUCUGCCGCGUUAGCUCUCUGGAAGUUCUGUGAGUGCAACAAGCCAGAAACUUUGAAACCUUACCUGGAUGAAUUAGUUAACAAACUGCUUGUACUUAUACAGAAUAGCAAACUAAUGGUCCAAGAAGCAGCAUUGAGGGCGUUGUCUCGUCUUUCUCUAUCUGUUAAGGGGCACUUCUGGACCUACUAUGACACUGUUAUGCCACACUUGAAAGCUGUCCUGAGAAAUGCAGAUCUUAAGUCUAAUCACAGACUUCAUGGCCUAGCGUUGCAGUGCAUAAGCUUUGUUGGGUCUGCUGGUGGCAAGGAGAAAUUUAGAGAAGACGCAGAGCAGACAUGUGGUAACAUUUGCACUUGUUUGGGACGGGAUUUUCUUCCUUACACGAGUGAAGUCAUGCCCUUUUUUAUUAUUCAAUGUGCUCAACUUGAACCUGUUUCAAUCUGUUUAAUCCUCUGCUGCUAUGCUGACAAAUUAGAGGAAGACUUCUACCCAUGGAUUCCCCAGGAGGUCACCGGUUCGAGCCGUGGUAACAGCAUCUUGCAGAAAUACAGUGUAAGGAAAACAGCUGUUGAAGCCAUGUAUAACCUGUUGUAUUCUGCUAAACUGGCUGUUGAGAAAGGGAUUGCGCAAGGUGGAAGUGGUGGAACUGGAGCUAUAUGUGGUGGAACUGGAACUAUAGGUGGUGGAGUUACAACUGGAGAUGUAGGUGGUGGAGCUGCAACUGGAGCUGUAGGUGGUGAAGUUGGAGUUGUAGAGGAAGAUGAAUGGGAGAUAGUAACUGAAUGUCCAAAAGAUAAAACUGUUUCAGUUAUCUGUUUCUUCUUUCAUAUCUGUGGACCACUUGUCAAUGAAGGUCAGCUUCAUAGAAUAGUGGAUGAGGUAAAGCAUGUCAUUACAGAAAGUUCAAACAGAAACGGAAAACUCAAAGAGAGAGCAAAAUCAGAAGACUUUGAUGCUGAGGAAGAUGAAUUGCUGAGGGGGGUAAAAGAGCAAGAAGAUAAUAUUUUUGUCCAGCUCCGUCGAAUAUUAAAAACAUUGAUCAAAACCUUCAAGGCAGCAUUCUUGCCUUUCUUUGACGAGCUGUCAUCAUAUCUUAUUCCUAUGUGGGGCAAAGAAAAUACAGCUCAAAAGAGAUGUACACCAAUUGAUAUCUUUGCUAGCCUUGUGAUGGAAUGCCCUGAAGUGACUCUGAAGUGGGUUUGUGUGUAUGAGUUUUUCUUAAAUGGCUGGGUUCACCGUUUUGAUAAAAAUUAUUUCCUAUGUCUAACUAGGUACUGUGAUGUAUUUCUACCUUUGUUUUUGGAUGCAAGCAAUGACGAACAUCCAACAGUUAGACAGCGUGCGCUUUAUGGACUUGAGCUUUAUGCGGAAUAUGGUGGUGCCGUUUUCAAACAUUUUGUUACAGAGGCUGUUUCAAGGAUCAAUGUAGUGAUAAUGCAUUUUCGAGCUCGUGAACCUGAGAAUGAAAACGUAUAUUAUUCUGCUGUUUUUGCACUUGGUAAGAUAUGUCAGUUUCAUUGGGAAAGCAUUGGCUCGGCCCAGGUUGUUCCGUUUUGGUUGAAUUGUCUGCCGAUAAAGGGUGACUUGGAUGAAGCCAAAUAUGUUCAUGACCUACUAUGUUCAAUGGUUGAAAGAGCUCUUGAAUACUCAUUGUCCUUUGCGGUUGUUCAUUUGAACUUUCUUGAGAAGAGGGAGAUUCAACAUUUGUUGGAGAAAGAGGUGGAGUUGUAUCAUGUACAGGUUCCACGGUCUCUGGUUCUAUGUUCUGAGAAGGCUCUUGCUACAAAGAAAACUGCAAACAACAUGAUUAACGUAUUGAGGCAUCUUCAGAAAACACUACCACCAGCCAUGUGGGAAUCAGCAUGGUCUUAUCUUUGCCUCGGCAGGUUGAUGGAAUUGAAAUCCAUUCUAUCACCCAAAAAAGCCGUGAAAACAGCUUGUUGUAGAAAUACAGGCUAA